AUGGAUAUGUUGGAUGAUGAAGAUGACCAAAGCUUUCACGCUACGCGUGACGGCUACUCCCAUUUGAGCGAUGUCGAAUGGGAUGCGGUUGAACGAAUGGGUUUAACCAUGGGCAUCCAUGCUGUUAGCGUCAUGCUAGAGGCUCUCAAUAGAGAUGCCCAACAUGCUACUAUCGCCAAGUUCAUUCAAAAUGAACUUGACGCUGAACGCGAGAAAGUAGCCUUGCUUCACCAACAAGGUUCUCAACAAGCAGAGUUGUUGAGAGAACAGAGUGCUCAACAGUUUGAACUGUUGAGACAGCAGCAGGCUGCUGCUGGUGGGUCGAUGCACUCGCGUCGACCCGAGACCUUGAAGAUUGACAUCUCCAAGUACAGAGGAGUCGAAGAGGACUCCCUCUUGAGAUGGUUCGUCGAAUUGGAUGACGCCAUAAGGGCGCGUCGCAUCGACGACGGGGAAAUGCAAGUUGCAUUUGCCCAGUCAAAUCUGGCAGGACGUGCCAAGACUUGGGCUUUGGGGCUCAAGUUGCCCGACCCAUAUGCGUUUGGGUCGUUGGAAGUCUUCAAGUCGCGGCUCAGACAAACGUUUGAAACGCCUAGAGCUGAGUUCAGAGCUCGAACCGAACUCUUGAAGCUCAAGCAGGGUAAGCGUGAUGUGCACGCUUACGCUCAACAUACACGACAUCUUACAAGUUGUAUAAGUUCCAAUCCGGUGGAUGAACACACGUUGGUUUCGGUGUUCAUGCAGGGUCUUGCAGAUGGUCCCGUCAAGACUCACCUGUUCCGACUUGAACUAGAUUCACUAGAACAAGCAAUUUCUAUUGCGGGACAGGAAGACUUCAGUCUGAGACAGGCUCGCGCCAGCUCGACAUCAUAUCGUCAACCGAGACGAUAUGACAGACGGAGGUCCAGAGCCGAUGGAACUCUGUUAUGUAGAGAGCGAGAAGGCUCGCUCUACAGACUACAAGAGAGUUGCAGAGAUGCAACAGAUGUCAAAAGACAGGACACUACGCUUACGGGUGUAGUGCCCCUCGUCCAGUGUCUCGCAACACUGGGCGUAGCGACCUUUCCACCCAUGAGAAAGGGGGCAGGGGACGCGGGUCCGCUGUUGGUGCAAAAACGCAACAACGGGAUUGACCCCCCAAAAACGGACAGGAUCAGUGGCGGAGCACCCCACUGGUCCAGCAACGUCAAGAGAAUUUGUAGGCCUCUUGAUGAAGGUUGCUCCCAACAAAUGGUUACGCUUCGGGCAAAGUUCCGGCGGCUGUGA